CCGAGAGGAGCGGAAGCGAGGCGGCUGUGCUGCUUCAGCGACCGGGCGGCGGCGGCAGCGGCGGCGGCGGCGACGGCGACGACGACUAAGAUUGUGGUGGUGACAGCGGCCGGAAUAGGCCCUGCCCUCGGGGAGCAGCAGCGCGGUCGGCGGCCACUCACACCGCUGUGGAGGGGCCGGUGCGGAGCGGAGCAGCUGCGCCACGGGUGGCAUUGUGUGUCCCGGAGUGCAGGAGCCAGUCCCAGAGGAGAGGCGAGGCUGAGCCCAGAGUGCUGGGUUGCUUCAGCAGGGAAGACUCCCUUCCCCCUGCUUCAGGCUGCUGAGCCCUGAGCAGCGCUCAGAAUGGAAGCCAUCGCCAAAUAUGACUUCAAAGCCACUGCAGACGACGAGCUGAGCUUCAAAAGGGGGGACAUCCUCAAGGUUUUGAAUGAAGAAUGUGAUCAGAACUGGUACAAGGCAGAACUCAAUGGGAAAGAUGGCUUCAUUCCCAAGAAUUACAUAGAAAUGAAACCACAUCCGUGGUUUUUUGGCAAAAUCCCCAGAGCCAAGGCAGAAGAAAUGCUUAGCAAACAGCGGCAUGACGGGGCCUUCCUUAUCCGAGAGAGCGAGAGUGCUCCUGGGGACUUCUCCCUCUCCGUCAAGUUUGGAAAUGAUGUGCAGCACUUUAAGGUGCUCCGAGAUGGAGCUGGAAAGUAUUUCCUCUGGGUGGUGAAGUUCAAUUCUUUGAAUGAGCUGGUAGAUUAUCACAGAUCUACAUCCGUCUCCAGAAACCAGCAGAUAUUCCUCCGGGACAUAGAACAGGUGCCACAGCAGCCGACGUACGUCCAAGCCCUCUUUGACUUUGACCCCCAGGAGGAUGGAGAGCUGGGGUUCCGUCGGGGAGACUUUAUCCACGUCAUGGAUAACUCAGACCCCAACUGGUGGAAAGGGGCUUGCCACGGGCAGACCGGCAUGUUUCCCCGCAAUUACGUCACCCCCGUGAACCGGAACGUCUAAGAAUCAAGAAGAGAUUAUUUAAAGAAAGUGAAAAAUUUAAACACAUACAAAUGAAUUAAACCCGUGAGCUGCCUCUAACAGCAGCCUGAGCAGGAGCUCCGAACACCUGGCGGGGUCACCUGGUGACCCUCUCACUUUGGUUGGAACUUUGGGGGGUGGGAGGGGGAGUUGGACAUAACAAUGCCAAAACUUACCUAUGAAUUAAGAGAAAGAGUUUUUAUUACAAGUUUUCACUGCUGCUCCUAGUUCUCCUCCUUUGUCCUUUUUCCUUUUUCUCUCUGUCCCUCAGUGCAUGACGUUUAAUGCCACGUAUAGUCCUAGCUGAUGCCAACAAUAAAAGACAAGAAACCAA